ACAGCCCGGAGCACUGGCGCAUGGAUCUCUUAAAAAAUCGAAUUUAGUUACAAAAGCUGGUCAGAGCACAAUGGCGCAAUCAUCAUCAGCACUCGGGCCUUGGGUGCGCUUGGAAGGCAUCACCAUAGGUCAGCUCCCCCCAGGCGGAAUAGGUGUCGAGCGGAGCAAUGCUUCGUCGUCGGAAAAGUUCAGCGACGGGUCUGCAUCUGGAGUUGCCCCGAAUCUCAAGACGUUUAUCACGAAUGUCCUUUCCGAAGCCGUUCCUUUCAUUGAUGGCGUUGCGCCGAAAUCUGGGGCCGCCUCGACAUGGAAGUCGAAAGGUUCGGCCAAAAACUAUCCCUCGUCCAAAGCUCCUGUCUAUAUAUACGAAAAGACGGUGCCUGGCAAAGAGCUGGAUAAGAUAGACGGGAUGAGUCACUUUAGCGCGGAUAGGAAGAAUGAGACUUGGUUUUGCAGGAAGAGCUGCCACGAGAACAAGGCGGAGACAGGGACGGCAAGCUGGGAGGAAUUCACACAUAGUUUCAAGGAACAUCAUGCCGAAACGGAGAAGGCGUUCACGCCAACAGUCAUUGGAGCCAGGGAGGCCAUGCGAUGGAAUACAAGUGGGAUCGAGGCCGAGGUUCAUGGUGAACGGUGGAUCAACAUUACCGUAGCUAUCGAGGAGAUGAAGCAUAAGAUCGACCCGAAACCACUGAAGAAUCGCACCUUUCCUGUUGUGCAGGUCGCAGCAGAACUUGCUGGCGUGCAAGAAUUCGUCGUCGUGUCAAUCCCCCUCACCGACUUUGAAAGAUCACCAUAUGCGGAAUAUGCGCGCGAUAAGAGCUUGGUCGUGGCUGCGUAUACGUCGAUAGAGCGAAUACGGGUGCUUCCAAGUAGCGGGGAUGUGGAAUGGAUCAUGGCCACAGCUUCAGAUGCCGGUGGGGUUCUUCCUCAAUGGAUGCAGAAACUUGCAGUCCCCUCUGCAGUCGCAAAAGAUGUUGAACUAUUCAUGGGGUGGAUCCCAAGCCAAAGGAAGAACAACCCAUCCCCGAAUUCGAAGGCAGAAUCUGCAGAGAAUAAUCUGCCUGCUGGUCCCUCGAAUGAUGCGCCCACUUCGAUCUCGAAAACCAAUGAUGAGCCCUCGGCUUCGGGCUAAACAAACUAGUAUCUGCGCGCUGCUUUGGGGGAUAGUAAGAUUGUUUUGUUCGUGGUAUAAUUAUGCUAUAAAGCUAAGCUGCUGUGCGGCCCCUUUCUUCCCAGAGUUUGGUUAUUGCCAUAGCAGUUCCCUCCAGAAUAAGUUCGUGCUCCUGCUCGUGCAUCCGGUUUGUCAACUCAUCCAAUGUUUCCGUUGGCCUACACUCAAUCUCCCUCUGUAUAAUCGGCGUUCCUCGGUCCACAUCUCUUAUAACAUAAUGAACCAUGAUGCCGGUCCUGUUAUUCUCUAACUGGCCCUUGUGAUAGUCGUCAUAAGCUCGUUUUAUAGCAUCCUUGCCAUCAUAUUUGCCAAAUAACGCAGGGUGUAAGUUGAUGACUGGGAUCUUCUUCUCUGUC